AUGGACAGUGAUGCACAGAGAGGCAGACGGAGAGUCUGCUGCAGCGCUUUGGCAGCAUCCAUGGCGGUGAAUCCUCUGGAAGGUCUCAUGUCGGUUGCGGCGAGCCACCAGCUGGUCUCCAGCUCCACAGUACAGGCGCAGAUGCAGCGGCCCUGUGCAGCCGCCAGCCCGGCGUCCCUGCACGGACACAGGCAGAGCGUACGUAGCAGCCGCCAGCCGAGGAAGUGGGUGCAGUCUGUGUCUGGUUGUGGUGGGUCUGCUGUCCAGUCCAGGACACUGAGGGGUCAGCACUCCCCCGAAAACGCAGCGAGAGAGAGGAGCCGUGUACGAAACUUGCGACAGGCCUUCCACAGCCUGCAGGCUGCUCUUCCCUCAGUCCCACCAGACACUAAACUGUCCAAGCUGGAUGUUCUGGUUCUGGCUACUAACUACAUAGCUUACCUAACAGAGACCCUGGACCAGGGAGGGAUGCUGGCUGAGCACACCCUGCCGUCGAGGCCGGGUGGAUACCUGCAUCCUGUUAAGAAGUGGCCCAUGCGUUCCCUGCUCUACUGCGGCAGCAUGGGAGAGCUGCUAUCAGGAGUCCCAGCCAAUCAGAUGCCUCCACCUGUACGGGAUGGGACACACCCACUGACCCCCACCUCAGACGAAGCAGACAAAGAGUGAUAGUAAAAGAUGGGACAUAACUUUCACCCUGUCUCUUAUCUCCAGUGUUACACAGCCAUGUAGCUACAUCUACUUCUCUGGAGACAGAGAUCACUGAUGGAAAGCAAUUGAUUAGUUUGCUCAAGCAAAGCAGAAACUAAAAUCAAACCUUUUAGACCCCCAAAAGUAAAAUGAAAGGCACAAUUUUGAACACUUUGGAUGGAUGAUAAAACAUACAUUCUUGCAGUUUUUGGUUUAUCUAAUAAUGAAGGACAGGGCUUAAAUUAACCUGCAGCUACAAGGACAGUAGCCAUUUUUAGCUCUGGUUGUUGGGAGUGAAGGCAGAUUUGCCUUACAUGCCCUGAUUAAACAGAAAACAGCUUAUUUUUGUUGCCUCUGACUAGUUUGUAGAACCUGACCGAUAUGGGAUUUUUGAUUUUAGAGGGGAAAAGAUUCACAGAUUACCAAUAAUUAUUCAUUCAAUGAUUAAGCUGGAAUGAAAGUGGACCUUUUCUAUGUGGGUCGUGCACCGAUAUGACUAUACAAAGGUAUUCAGAAGGCUGCUUUCUUAAACAAAUACCUUUAAUAAAGAAUAUUUAAGAUCCCCUCCAGACAUGUAUUAAGACAUGUAUACAAAUAGUCUUCUUGGAACAAUAAUGUCUGUGUCUGAUAUGUUUUUUUCCCACAAAAAACAUAUAAUUUCCACAUUCAUAUUCUUAUACAAGAAUCUCCUCCUUCUACCUCAUUAAAACUUCCAGAAUCUCUGAAUAGGAAAAUGUUUUCCUGCUGGACACAAGAUGUCUCCUACUUCACUGUAAAGUCCAUUCUCAGUGGAUGUGCACUGGUGGAUCACACUGUAUAAGUUGCAUACUGGACCAGGACUGACUCCAAACUAUUUGUGAUGUCACAAAUCCUGCUGGUAGGCCCCGCCCCUUAAAAUCAGCUUUUCAAUGAGCACAGAGAAACUUUCCACUUUCAGCAGAUGAAUGUGAAAACAUCCUUCUAGAGUCAAACUCUGCACAGACAGUAUUAAGACAGCACGCUGUAGGAACAAGAAGAAACACUGAUUUCUGACUGGAGGGGACUUUAAAUAUUAUUUUAUGUGUUAAAUAAUUUAACACAUACUUUCUCAACCAAUUUUAGUUGGUUAAACGCUGAGAGCUGCUUCUCCUCUCUAAAGCCCUAUUCGCACGGGACUAGUAUUACCUGGGGACCUCUAGUAAUUUGUAAUAAUUGCGGAGGUCGUCUGUGAUGUUAACCCUGUGCGAAUCAGCAUCUCUGUGAUUUGGGGUCGCUUUUUGUUUUUUUUAAGGUUUUUUGUGUUUUCCGAGCCUUUUUUCUGCCUUUUUCCCGGUUGAGAAUUAUGGAGGCUGCGUUGGCAAUUAUAAAUGAAAGUUUUGACAACAUUUUGAUGUUUGUGGGCAUGCUGGGAAAACAGCAGACAGACACUGAUGUGAGAAAGAUGUUUGAGCCGUUCGGCAGCAUAGAGGAGUGCACGGUGCUCCUUGGGCCCGACGGUACCAGCAAAGGUAACGUCAGAUCAGUAACAGACUAUUACACAUAGGUUACGCAGAGCCUUGACAUCAUAUCCGGGGGAUAAUGUCAGUAAAUUCGAGUUAAAACACAGACUUCGCUUAUCCCGUGCGAAUGCGCCGCACGAAACACAGAUGUGGUGGGGUAAUUACUAAAUCACAUGAGGUCCCCAGGUAAUAUUAGUCUCGUGUGAAUAGGGCUUAACUCUGUGGUCCUUGCCACAGUGUUGUAAAUCCCAGUGCACUAUGCUGGACGAACCUUGCAGUGACACCAGUAUAUUACCGCACGCAUUAUUUUUUGUGUUAUAUACCAGAAAAAAACAUUUAAAGGUUUAUAAUUGGUGCAUAUUGGAUAACAUGUCAAUACCCAUAUGUCUGUGGUAGGCCAAUUUUGGCUGAUAACAUUGGCCAAGUGAUAUCGGUCAGGAUCUACUAGUUUGUCGCGUGUAUUUGCAAAAGCCUUGAAAAAAGUUGUUUUUCCCUGCCAGUAUCAAACUAAGAGAACACACACAGGUUCAGAUACAGGGUUAAUAUACACAGCGACCGUUGCUGGAAAUAUUCCAUUAUUAUCUGAGCAUUAGACAGCAGGUUGUGAGCAGCAGGUUUAAUGCGAGGAAAUGAAAAGGCUGCUUCGUUUGACUAAUUACACCACAAAUCACUACAUGGAGGAACAGUGUGUAACCUAUUAUCUUGAAUUAAAGCUUGUACAGUGUUUUAUAUUAUUUGUUUCAGAUGUUACUUUCACCGUAUGGACGAGCUCAGGCACCCGUGUGCUCUUUUAAAAAGAAUAAAAUGUAUCUUUGUUAUUGUC